AUGAUUGCAGUGCCCGUAUCUCCUUCAUCGUCCGGGGGCGGCGCCACCGGCGGGUCAGGCACCCCGCUGUAUCCCGGCGCCACCUCGCACCCACUUUCGUCCCUGCUGUCCCAGCAGAGGCUCCUGGAGCUGUCCCGCUUCGGCCUCAGGCAUUACGACAUCGCGCAUCACGUCCUCAGCCAGCAAGGUGCUGUUACCAAAUUGCUUGGCACUUUACGGCCUCCAGGCCUCAUCGGCGGAAGCAAACCUAAGGUGGCCACUCCUGCUGUGGUGUCGAAGAUAGAGCAGUACAAGCGGGAGAACCCCACCAUCUUCGCGUGGGAGAUUCGAGAAAGACUGAUUUCUGAAGGUGUAUGUACAAAUGCUACAGCGCCGAGUGUUUCAUCAAUCAAUAGGAUACUAAGAAAUAGAGCAGCCGAAAGAGCGGCCGCGGAAUUCGCCAGAGCCGCUGGCUAUGGCCUCUAUGCCGCGCCCUCGCCUUACGGGGCCUUCCCUUGGGCGGGCGGUGGCGGAGUCUGGCCUCCAGGCGGCCUGUCUCUCCCGCCAGGAGUCCCAGUCCCACCAAGCGGAGUACCACACCCUGACGCCGUGCAACAAGGAUUCCUCUCCUCGUCCGGACGCGGCCUCAUCGAUGUUGACGGCGAUGAUUCCGGAUCUUUAGACGGCGAGCAACCCAAGUUCCGACGAAACCGCACCACGUUCAGCCCUGACCAGCUUGAAGAAUUAGAAAAGGAAUUCGAAAAGUCUCAUUACCCGUGCGUUUCUACUAGAGAAAGGCUCGCAUCGAAAACCUCGCUGUCGGAAGCACGGGUCCAGGUUUGGUUUUCCAACAGACGAGCCAAGUGGAGACGCCACCAGCGCAUGAACCUCCUGAAAAGAGGUGGCGGCUCGCCCCCGCACCGCCUGCCCCACUCCCCCUCCCGCUCCCGUUCUCGUUCUUCGUCCCCCUCGCGUUUCCCCUAUCACACCCCCCAAAUGGGCGGCGAAAACAGCGCAUUUAAGUCGCUCGCGCAUCAAGACAGCAACGCACUGAAAGCACUGUCGCACCAGGCGCAGUUCGACACGAACGCACUGAAAGCACUCUCGCAGCAGCCGUUCGAAGGCGAUGCGUUCAAGCACCACCCGGCUUUAGAGAAUAGCGCUUUCAAGGCAUUAGUUCCGCACUCCGCGGCCGCGGCCCUCCUGGCGGCUCAGUCCAUACAACUGGCUCGUGGCUAUGAAUCCCAUUCAGACUCUGACGAGGAGAUAAACGUCCAUGACGAAAGCGACGACGAGGGUGAGAAGCAGAAAAACAAGACUAGGUCCCGGACCCCGAGUCCCGCGCGCCAGCGGGCGGCCCCUAGCGACGUGCCCUUACAGCUCACAAAACACGACCGUUGAUAUCGUCAUCGAAUUUAUUUAUAUUCACAUAAAGUAUUACGAUCAUUCCUAUCGAAUGUUGGAUGUUCCGAAUAAUUAUGUAAAUUAUAAUCCUAGAGUGCUAAUACUCCAGUUUGUUUGUAAAUUAAUGUAAAUAUGUAGGUUGUAAAGUUGUUAAUUAAUUCAAGAAAGAUAAAUGAGUAAUAAAUUCAUGCACAAACAUUUCUAUUAUUUAUUAAAUAUUUCUUAACAGUAACAAUGAUGUGUUAAGUUUCAACUCAAAUGUAAAGUUAUCUUUUGUUUCCUUAUAAAGAAAAGUGUAACCUGAGAUUUUUAUGUUAUAAAUCAAUGUCACGAUAAACAAAGUUUCCUUCAAACACUGUUUUUGAUUGUAAUUUGCAACGAUACCUAAGUUAAUAAAAAUGUAUCUAAAUAUAUUUUUGUAAGUACAAUUUGUGAAAGUCUAGAAUGUAGAAAACCAAAGUAUUAUUUUCAAUGUUGGACAGCACGGUUUAUGGAAAAUAAAAGUUCCUAAUCCACUUAGUACCAUUUCACACAAAAAGAGGAUCUACGUGAGUGAAGUGUUCUGUCUGCAGUUGAUAUAGUCGAAUGGUAAUUAAGUAUAAAUGUUCGCUCCGUAAUGUUUACGAUAAUUGGCACCAUUAAGUAGGUUUGAUUAAGACGGGCACUAAAGAAUCUAUUUAGAAGUCUAGCGUGUUAUGUAUAUAUCUGUUGAACUCGGCACUGUAUACUAUUUAUUGCUUAGAUAAAUAAUUUUAUUGUAAAAUAUUGUAGACAAUUUAUGUAAAUAAUAACAAUUUAAAAAACGUCAAAUAAAAACACAU